AUGAAAAGUUUAAAUUAUCGAUUUCCUCAUUCAAGAUAGGAUUCUGGUUAAAUGAACUUAGCAAGAUCUUAAUUGGGAUAAGCCUAGUAGGUGACGAAUGUACUAAAUAACCGACAGAAUGAACAAAAUGUUGAUAGAUCACCUGCUCCGAUGGUACAUGGUUUGCAUAAGUUGGCAGUGCCUUCUAGUUAGCAAUCAUCUGCCAACCAUUCAAAGAAAUCAUCGAUCUCUAAAUAGCAAUAGCCGAAAUAGAUAUCCUUUCUUAACUACUUGAUUCUGAAGGAUAAAUCUCAAAUAGUUUAAGAUGAGGAGAAAGAAAAUCUUACUGAGCCAGUAGUGUAAAAGAAUAUGUUCAACUUCCAAUUUGUGAUUGGAAUAGGAGGAUUCGGGAAGGUAUGGAAGGUGGAGUACAAAAAGAACGGGUAGAUCUAUGCGAUGAAGGAGAUGUCAAAGGCACUUAUUAUAGCCAAAAAAAGUGUGAAUUCCGUGAUGAACGAGAGGAAUAUCUUGAGCAAUCUUAAACAUCCAUUCUUAGUGAAUAUCUACUACGCAUUUCAAGACAGAGAGAACCUAUUCCUAGUGCUGGAUUACAUGCAAGGAGGAGACUUGAGAUAUCAUGUUGGGAAAAUGAGAAGAUUCACUGAAGAUCAGACAAGGUUUUUCAUGGCUUGCAUCUUCUUAGGAUUGGAAUACAUGCACUCCAAAAACAGUUUACAUAGAGAUAUUAAACCAGAGAAUUUAGUUCUUGAUAAACAUGGUUACGUCAGAAUAACGGACUUAGGAAUUGCUCGAAAUCUCAGGCCUGAUAAUUCAUAAGAUACAUCAGGUACUCCUGGUUAUAUGGCUCCGGAAGUUAUGUGCAGAUAAAAUCAUUCUUUCGCGGUUGAUUACUUCGCUUUGGGAGUCAUUGGAUACGAGUUUAUGUUGGGGAAGCGACCAUACACGGGGAGAUCAAGAAAGGAAAUUAGAGACUAGAUCCUGGCUAAGCAAGUUCAAAUUAAAAGAUCUGAAAUUCCAGAUAAUUGGUCUCUAGAAUCAGCUGAUUUUAUCAAUAGAUUGAUACAAAGGAAACCAGCCAAUCGACUAGGAUUUAAUGGACCUCAUGAAUUAAGGUAGCAUUCAUGGUUUAAGAAUUUUCCAUGGUCAAAAUUAAUGAACAAAGAGUUAAAAUCACCUUACAUUCCCAAUCAAAAUGAAGAUAAUUUCGAUGCUCGUUAGAUAUCUAUGGAGGAUGAUGAAAAUAAUGAAUUAAUAUAAUAACAUUCAAUCAUGUUAAGAAGAAAUUCGAUUUAAUCCUAAUUUUCUGGAUAUGAGAUGGAUAAUUUUAAUGAGAAACAAAACACUUAGUUUAACAAUUUUUGA